GUGUUUGCGCCUCUCUUCAUUCUUUUCCCUCUUCUUUCCUAGGCUUGCUGGUUCGGGGUUCCUGCAGUCUUGUUCGAUAGACCUCGCUCGCUCUGGUUGAGUGGGUUCUACGAUUCUCUUCGUGUCGUUCCUUUUUUAUAUUUAAUUCGUUCGAUACCUAUAUACCAAAGUUCUUCCAAGAUGAGGGUUUCAGAUACCGCCGCCGCUGUUGCGGCCUACGUCCUCUGCUGCCAGGACCUGGCGUCCGCUAGUCCGAUGCAGAAGCAGAAGCGCGGGGUGCUGGACGAGGUGCUGCAGAUCACGACGUUGGGAGGCAUGACGUUCAAGAUCAACCAAGUCCAGAACAAGAAGUACUACGGCGCACGGAAGGGGAGAGGCGCCAUGGCUAUCGCGAGAGCUUAUUCGAAGUACGGCGCCGCGGUCUCGGACGAUCUGCUAUCUUCCAUAGAAGAGAUUCUGAAAGAGCUCGGUCUUUUGGGGAAUGCUGGAGCGAGCAACAGCACGGGCACCGAUGGCCAAGGCGAGGUAGCGGCAACUCCGCAGAUGUUCGAUUCCGAAUACUUGUGCCCGGUCUCCAUUGGCACCCCACCGCAGACUUUGCAGCUGGACUUUGAUACUGGUUCAUCUGAUCUGUGGGUUUUCAGUUCGGAGACACCAUCAAACCAGGUUAUGGGUCAAACCGCAUGGAAUAUCCAGCAAAGCUCGACGGCGCAGUUACAGACAGGGGAGACCUGGUCGAUUAGUUACGGCGAUGGUAGUAGCUCUAGUGGUAAUGUCUACUUGGAUACAGUGUCGGUAGGCGGAGUCACCGUUCAGAACCAGGCGGUCGAAUCUGCCAAAAAUGUCUCGCUGUCGUUCACACAACGACCCGACACGGAUGGUCUUCUCGGACUGGCUUUCGGCUCUAUAAACACGGUCCGGCCUACGAAGCAGAAGACUUUCUUCGAGAGCGCGACGAACGAGCUCGCGUCCCCUCUAUUCACGGCUAAUUUGAAGAAAGAAGCUCCGGGCAAUUACAACUUCGGCUUCAUCGAUAAUACCGAAUUUACUGGAGAUAUCGCAUUUGUGCCUGUGAACUCGUCGGCUGGGUUCUGGCAGUUUACAGGGUCCGGCUAUAAGAUCGCCAACUCAGCCGCCGUCUCCUUGCCGCACGAGGCCAUCGCCGACACGGGAACCACACUCCUGCUCGUCCCGGCACAGAUUGCCACCGCGUACUACGCUCAGGUGCAAGGGGCCGUCAACAACGCGGCAGCCGGAGGCUACGUUUUCCCCUGCAAUGCUACGCUGCCCGAUUAUACAGCUAUCAUCGGCGACUACCAGGCCGUGAUCCCGGGCGACUUCAUGAAGUUCUCACCGGUGGAUGGAGACUCGUUUGCGACGUCUACUACGUGCUUCGGCGGCAUCCAGGGUUCGCCUGCGGGUUUCCCGUUCGCCAUCUACGGUGACAUUUUCCUUAAAUCGCAGUUCGUGGUGUUUCACGGCGGGAACCAGCAGCUUGGAUUUGCUGCUAAGCCCCUGUAAGCGUGUAUAGGGGUUUAAACGUUAGAUGCCGGCGUGGAGUGUGACUAGGGAUGUAUAUUUCAUGACUUUGGAUCAGAUCCGGUUGAGAGGUCCCGGGAUAGAAAGACCUAUAUAUGGCGGUUAUGAUCAUUUUUGCGAAUUUGGAUUUAUAGGCAGUGGAAUUUAUGAUCAAAUAUUUCACCAUGUUACACAGACAAUCCUAGGGUUUCCCGUGAUUUCUAGUGUUGAUGUCGGAUGUGGUAAUCAAGACCCUGCUCGGAAUCGCGUCAAGGCGCUUAUUCGGGCUGAGACAAAAGACGUAAGCAGGUUGCAUACAUAUUCGGUGGGUAAAGGAUCUGCAUAUGUACUCAGAUUCGGGACUUCGGUCGCUUGUCCCCUACCGACGUGGACGGAAUUAGAUCUCAUUCGUGACGACGAGGGCAAAGCUCAUACAUAUAUCCACACUUCGAGAUCGGCCACCGCGGGGUUUGCGUUGGAGGCUAACCUGUCAGCAACCAUCAUUGGUUCGUGUCACUAAAGA